AUGGAAGAACAUUCAUAUUACGAGUUUAGGGAUAACCUAAUUAUAAAUAUUAUCAGAACGAAUGAUGUCAAUAAACCAUUUUACAGCUAUACAGAAUACAUUCUCGAGUUUAAAGUUCUGAACAGUCAGAAAAUUUUGAAAAAAAGAUUUUCAGAUUUCGUAGCUUUUUAUGAAAAACUAAAAGAUGAGUUGUAUACAAAAUUUAAUGAGAAUUUAGAAAAGAUUGCCGUUAUUCCAACAAAGAAGGUCUUUGGUAGAUUAAACUACAAUUUUGUUGAAGAGAGAAGGCAAAAGCUUGAAUUGUUUUUGAGAAACGUUACAAAAUACAAAAAAGCAUAUUUGUGUGAUAUUUUUUAUGUGUUUUUAUCUUUAGACAAUAUUACAAAAUACCUUUAUAAGUUAAUGUGUACAGAAACUAAUGAUGCUAUAAGCAUUGAAAAUUUAUUGAAACAAAUAAAUUAUAUUUUAUUCAUGUCAAGAAAUAAUACGUUGAGAAGCGCAGAAUGUGAUAUAAUCAAUUUUUUAUUUUAUCUUAAGAAUAAUUUAAAAUUAAAUAAUGAUGUAAAAUUUUUUAUUUUAAAUAUUUUUCUCCACCAUUUAACAUAUACAAAAAACUCAGAAAAUUUAUUGAAUGUUCCGCUGAUGAAGUUUGCUUUUGAGGUUAUUUACGAUAAUUUGAAAGGUAAACAAAUCAAUGAGAUAUUGCUAAAGACCGCUUCCGAGAUUAUCCUUAGAAUCGCGGAUAAAAAAAAUGAAGUAUUUUUAGAGUAUCUAAAAAUCUACAAUUUCAAAGAAAUUUGUUCCAUUUUUAAUAUUAUAAAUAAGAAAAAGGAAAAAGAAAAAAAAAAAAAACAGAAAAAAAAAGAAAAAAAAACAAAUACACUUAAAAUAGAUAAUAUAUCAUGUAAUAUAUAUAUAUUAAUUUCUUUACUAUUAUUAUCAUCUAUACAUAUACCAGAAAUUCAAGAUUUUUUUUCUGUAAAAUAUAAUAAUACAAAUAAAGGAAUACAAAUUUUAGGAUAUAUGUAUGAAAGCCUAAAUAUAAAUAUACAAAUCAUAUGUUGUAUAAUACUUUCUUUAUUAAUUAUAAAUAAAAAAAUAAUAGAUGAAGAUACGAUAAAUAAAACAAAAAUGUCAAUAUUGUUAAUACAAAAUGAAAUUCAAAACAUAAAAAAUGUAGAUUACCAAUUAAUCGAAAUCAUAUGUAGUAAAAAAAACAUAAUUAUAUUAAAUAGCAUUUUAGAAUAUUUAUUACAAAAUAAAGAAAUAGAAUAUAACUUAAUAUUAGACAGUAAUGAAUGUUUAGAAAAAUAUAUAAUUAAUGAUGAUCUGUUUGAAAAAGAUUUGUUUUAUGAAAAAAAAAUAGAAAACGCAGAUUUUCGUAAUAACGAUAUAAUUUUACAAUUUAUUUUAUAUAUUAUAAAUAUUGGCAUAAAUGAAUUUUUUUUAUUAAAAAAAAAUAAUAAAUAUAUUAUGAAAAAUAAGUUGCUUAAAAUGAAAAUAAGAAGGAAAGAAAUAGAGAGAGAAAAAAAAUUGUUAAAACAGAGAAAAAAAAAGUUAAAAAACCCAAAAAAAGAAAAUAACAUCGAAAAGAAAGAAGAUAUGUACACAAAUUGGGAUAUUGAAAGUGUUGAUAAAAGUGGUUACGAAAAUGGCAGAAAAAAUGGAAAAAAUGGCAAGAAUGGCAAGAAUGGAAAAAAUGGCAAAAAUAGCAAACAUGGCAAACGUGGCAAAGAACAAUAUACUUCUGAAUCGACAGAUUCUGGGCAAAGUGACAGUUCUGCUUAUUCUGCUUCUAACAAUAUUAAUCGUAAAAGCAUAACAACAUAUAACAAAGAUAAAGAUGGUGUUAUAAAUAAUAAUAAUAAAUCUGGUUUUAAAAAUAAACUUGAAGAAGAAGAAGAAAUGAAAUUAUCGGAAAGUUCCUAUAUUUCUGAAUUGUAUUCAUUUACUAGCGAAUACGAAAAUGCAAACGACAGCAGUGUCGACCAAAACAAGGAUGGAGAAGAUGGUCAUAAAAAAGAUGGUCAUAAAAAAGAUGGUCAUAACAAAGAUAGUCAUAAAAAAGAUAAUCGUAACAAAGACAGUCAUAAAAAAGAUAAUCGUGAUAAGGAUGAAGAAGGUAAUGACGAUAGAGAUAGUCCUGAUAAAGAUUCAUUUUGUUUUGGCGAUCUUGACGAAUUUAAGAAAAUUGUAUACGAAGAUGAGUUUAGCAUAGAAUCGGCAAGCCUAAAAGAUGAUCUCGAACAGUUUGAAAAUUUUGAAAAUUUUGAAAAUUUUGAAAAUGGGGAAAAUGACGAAAAUAGCGAAAAUGGCGAAAAUGGCGAACAGUUUGAAUCGCUGAGUGUUGAUAGUGAAGAUGAGGGAAAAGAGAAUAAAGAUAGAGUAUAUAAAAUUAAAGAAAAAAUAAAAUUAUUAAAAGAGAAUCGAAAAAAAUUUGCAAGAAAAAUAAGAAGAAUAAAUGAACAAAUCAUAUUAAUAUUAUGUAAUGAAAAUAUGAUAAGUAAUAUAUAUAAAUGUGCUUAUAUAAAUAAUUAUAAAAUAAAAAUAUAUGCUUGUAUAAUUCUAUGUUAUAUUCAAAAUAUUAGAGAGCUAAUCACAAAUAAGCAUUUACAAAAUAAAUAUAUACAAAAUAAAACAAACGUAAAAGGGAAUGAGAAAAGGAUAUUAGCUAUAACUAAUAUUGGAGAUAAAUUUAGUGAAGAUGAAGAUACAACUUAUCAUAAUUUAUAUGGAGUUAAUAAUAAUAUUGGAAAAUACCAAAAUAAUGAAAUAUAUAAUUGUGGAAAUAUAGAAAAUAGACAAAAUGAAGAAAUAAAUAUAACAGAUAAUAAUAGUGCCCAUGAUCCAGAUUAUAAACAAAAUUAUGAAUUAGGCAUAAAUGAAAAAGUAGAUGCAUCACCUCCAGAUUCAAUGAUAAUAAAAAAAAAUAAUAAAUAUUUUAUAUGUAGUGUAGAACAAGAUUAUUAUAAUUAUAUAUACAAAUUCCAUAUUAUCAAUACAUUGUUAUAUUAUUUAUUUAAUGAUUCUUGUUUUUAUGAACACAUAUUUUAUGGUGUUAAAACGUUUAUUAACAGCCAAUCUAGAAUUAUGAAUCUUAAUUAUUUUAAAAUCAAAAAUAAAAAAAAUAAAAAAAAAAAUAAAAAAAAAAAAAAAAAAAAAAAAAACAUACAAAAUGACACACGAAAUGACAUGCGAAAUUCCAGUAGACAAGAUCAGAAAUCUGAUUCUACAAGUUCCUAUUCCAGUGAUGAAAAUGAUAAAGAAAAUAAUUCGAUUACAAACAUAUCCAAAACAAACAAAAUUAAAAAUGUUAAUAAAGUAGGGUCUAUUAGUAGUUUAAACAGUAGCUAUAGUGAUACCGAAAAACAAAAGUGUAAAAAUAAAUAUAAAAAAAAUUCAAUCGAAGAAGAUGAAGGAAGAUACACAACAGAGUCAGCACAUCUAGACAAUAAUGAUAACGAAGUGGGUAAUGAAGCAAAUAUAAAUUUAUCACAAAAUAAAAUAGUACCAUACACAGAGUCUAAAAUAUAUAACCAUAUAAAUAACGUUUUCAAUUAUGUAGAGAAUUUGAAAAAACUUGGAUAUCUUAACAACAUUAUUGUUAAUUUAUAUAUGGAUAUUAGUAAUAAAUUAAAGAAAAUAAAUUUUGAAUUUUUAUUUAAAAUUAUAAGAAAUAAAUUUGAAGAAAAAAGAAAAACAAUUAACAAUAUAAAUAAACUUAAAAAAAAAUAUGAACAUGUUAAUAUUAUUUAUAAUGAUUAUAUACAAUUACAAUAUGAAUAUAAUAAAUGUAUGAAUAUUGGAGAUAAAUUAUAUGAUGAAUUUGAAGAAAUUGAAAAAAAAAGAAAAAAAUUAAUGAAAAAUCAUAAAAUUAUGCAUUUAAAUGUAAGUCGUUAUAGAAAAGAUCUUAUUCAAAUUGAAAAAACAAUUGAAGAGACACCAUAUAUUAAAAAUUGUCUAAAUGAAAAAUUAAAUAAAAUUAAAACAAAUAUAUUAAUGUAUAAAAAAGAUAAAAAAAAAUUAUCACUUUUUUUAAUAUUACAUAAAAUAUAUUUAGAUAAUUAUAAUUAUGUAUAUACUAAAUUAAAAAAUAUGGAUACAUUUAUAGAAAAUUUAGAAUUGUUAGGAAAUGAAUUUGAAAAAAAUAUGAACUUAAUAAUAAAUGAAUUUACUUAUUUAAUUUCAAAUGAUUUAGUUCUUGUAAAUUUAUUAAAAGAUAAACUUAAUAUAAUAAUAAAUUGUGAAGAUAUAUCUAUGCUUUUAAAAAAAGAAAAAUUUAUGUAUAGUAUUGAUUAUAAAAUAUGUAAUGAAAAUAAUCUUUAUAUUAUAAAUAAAGGUACUGAUCUUUUUGAAAAUCAAGAUAUUUAUUAUUUAAGAAAUUUACCAAAUAAUACUAAUACCUCAAAUAAUAACAAUUUUAUUAAUACAAAAUAUGUGAAAAAUACAAAUAUUGAUUUUGCUGAUCAAAAUGAAGCUUUUAGUAGUUAUGGGGAUGGAAAUAAUUAUGAUGAAUAUAAAAAUUUAGAUAAUAAUAUUUCAGAUAAUAUAAAUUUAAGAACAACUACUACUAACAAAUGGGGAGCACAAUCUGAAUUAGUACACAAUUUAGACAAAGAUGGUCAUAAUGAUGGUCAUAAUGAUGGUCAUAAUGUUGAUCAUAAUGAUGAUCAUAAUGAUGAUCAUAAUGUAUCAGAAUAUUAUGAACAGACAGGAAAAAAUAAUACAACUAGCCAAUAUGGAGAAUAUUAUGAACAGACAGGAAAAAAUAAUACAACUAGCCAAUAUGGAGAAUAUUAUGAACAGACAGGAAAAAAUAACACAACUAGCCAAUAUGGAGAAUAUUAUGAACAGACAGGAAAAAAUAACACAACUAGCCAAUAUGGAGAAUAUUAUGAACAGACAGGAAAAGAUGAAGUGAUAGGAGAAAUUGGAGAAGGAAUAGAAGAUAAUGAAAAUUUUCAUGGAAAUGGAAACUUAGAUGAUGUUACAAUAUUAAGUGAUGAUGACGAUGAUGAUGAUAAUAAUAAUGAAAUAAAAAAUAAAAUAGAUGAAUUUAACAAUUUUAAAAAUAUAGGUACUUAUGGUAUUUCUCCUGAAGAUAUUAAAAUUAAUAAUGAUAAAAUUAGUCAAAAACAGUUCUACGAAAUAUUGGAAAUCUUAAAACGUCGAAGAGCACACAUUGAAAAAAUCACAUCCCCUGAAAAUAAUCAUAUAUAUAAAAACAUACAUAAAUUUAACAACUUCCUAAACAAAUGCGGUCAGAAAAUAGAUAUGUGCAAGAAGCUUUAUUCUAAAAUUACCCAAAAAAUGAGCACCAUGGGCACUUUAUCCAUGGCCAAGAAGUCGGAGUCGAUCUACAAGUUCAUUCGGGAGUGGGACGAUAAAAUCGAGGCCCUAAAUGAAGAAAUAAAACUUGUCGAGGCAGAGAAGGAUAAUAAAGAAAAGGAAAUAGCGAUACAGCAAAAGAAGAUUGAAAAGAAAGAGAAUGAAAAACAAGAAAAAAAAGAAGAAUUGGGAAUGAUAGUUGCAGAAAUGUAUAAGCAUAAUAAUAAACUUAAAAAAAUGUACAAACGUGAUGAAAAGAUAAUUCUUUUAAUUCUUUAUAACUCUUGGUUUUUUUAUCAUUACAUAUAUAUUAUAUAUUUGAAUACAAUUAAAUUAAAAAAUUAUUUAUCAUACAAAAUUAGUAUUGGAGAGAUGUGUCAAGCAUCAGCCAAAUAUACAAUAAUGAAUAUAAACUCUUUUUCGGAAUUGAUUAAUGAACAAGAUUAUUAG